UCAUCACAAUCAUCAAUGGCGGACAAAGAGAACAAAUCUGAGGAGAGGCGUAAAAGGGUGCGUUAUGAGAACAGAAAAGCGAGCAUUUUGAAACAAGGCAGAGAGUUAUCCACUCUCUGCGGCGUGAAGCUCUGCCUCAUGAUCGUUACCCCAGAUGGAAAGGUGGAAACCUGGCCUGAGAAUCGGGAUGACGUCAAGGCCAUUCUCAGCGCCGCCGAUGCAGCGCCCGAAAAGAAGGUCGUCGCCGCCCCCUCCCAACCCACAUCAUCUGAUUCUGAUCAGCCGGCUAUGAAAGACUGCCGCCCUAGAAAGCGGAGCCGAGAUCCCCUGCCGCAGAUGAUGGGUGUUCCGGACAAGAAGACAGAGACAACGAUGACUACUAACGAUUCCACUAAUUACAACGUUAACGGGUUUGAAUCGUUACCCAUGCUGGAUAAUACCUGGAAUCUAGGAGAUGACAGUUCUACUGUUGGUAUUAAUGGCUAUAGUCAUUAUUUUGAGAAGAAUCUGUGUCAUGAAGAUCCUGUUGUUUGUGGAGGAUCUUAUGAGUUGCCACAAAAUGGGAGGAGUAAAGGAAGUGAUUAUGAUCUGCAGAUUCAAGAUCCUUCUUUCCUCUAUUUGGAUUAUGAUGAAGAUUUCGUAGGACAAUUAUGGGGUACCGGAGAUCCUUUCGAGUGGAAUGGUUACAAGUCUGACGUCAGAACGAUGGUGCCGCCGCCGCAGCCUCGGUGUUUUGCCGGCAGCAUGUUGGAUCCUUUGAUUAAUGAGCAGCCACUGCGGCAGUGUGGGUCUGAUGAUGGAUUUGAAAACAUUCUGCUUGGCGGGUUUUAUUAAUUAUUCUUUAAUAUUCAAUUGGACUAAUUAUUGACUGCAAACCAAUUGGUUUGAUGUUAACA